AAGCCGUUGAAAGAAAGAGAACCAAAAAUGAAGUUUUCAUGAUACAAAUUACAAAGCCAAGGAGGAGGACUAGGGAGGCUUCGUUGAUCGAAAAUGAUAGCGUGGUUGAAGCAGCUAAAAAUUUCAUUCGGUGCUUCGUUUUUGUGGCUUAUCUGUUUGAUUUAUUUCACACAGGGUUUUAGAUCCUUCGUAUGGAAUGCAGUUUCCUACCUGCUCAAAGACAAGCUUAAGUUGUCCCCAUCAGCUUCCCAGUUUAUAGUUUCAAUAGCGUUUUUUCCUUGGAGCAUCAAGCCAUUGUAUGGGAUUUUGUCCGACUGUAUCCCAAUAAAAGGAAGAAAAAGGAUCCCAUACUUAGUAAUUGCAACUGUUCUCUCGCUUGUACCAUGGCUUAUUCUUGGUUUAAAUGCAUCCUUAAUGAGUUCCACCUGGCCCCUGAUGAUUUUCUUGACAGCCCAAAACUUGGGUUCUGCCAUGGCAGAUGUUGUUGUUGAUGCAAUGAUUGCAGAGGCAGUAAGAUUCGAGCGGGCCUCAUUUGCUGGAGACCUCCAAUCUAUAUCUUGGUUGGCUAUGGCUUUUGGCGGAAUAUGUGGGAAUCUGUUAGGAGGAUAUGCAUUGACCCACAUGCAGAUAGAUGCAAUUUUUCUUCUGUUCACAGUGCUUCCAACAAUACAGUUAUUUUCAUGUUGUUUGGUUGCGGAGAAUUCUGUCGAAAGUAAGGUUUUGCCAGAGAUUUCUAAUUCAAGCAGCAUCCAUAUGGUGAAUGGGAGUAGUCAUUUGGAUGAAGAUAAUGUCUUAGCGAAGAAGUCGGGUAUCAGUACUUCAAGGAGAAAGAAGGGCCAAAAGAACAGCAAGAAGAGGCUAGCCGUCAGUAGUAAAUCCCAGGUUCCAGUAAAGACUGAGCUCUUGUCAGUACAUUGGUUUCACUCUAUAAAAGCAGCCACCUACAGCCUGAUACGUGCAUUCAGGCAGCCAAUCAUUUUGAGACCAAUGGCUUGGUUUUUCAUAGCACAUGUCACUGUUCCAAACCUCUCGAGUGUCAUGUUCUAUUACCAGACAGAGUACUUGAACUUGGAUGCAUCUUUUCUGGGAACAGCACGUGUUGUUGGAUGGGUCGGCCUCAUGCUUGGAACCUUUACAUACAAUCGGUUCUUAAAAACCAUGAAGUUACGAACAAUACUAAUGUGGGCUCAUAUUGGUUUGUCUUGCUUGACUUUCCUCGACAUAGUUCUAGUUUCUCGAAUGAACGUUGCCUUUGGGAUAUCGGAUAGCACGAUGGUGCUAUGUGGUUCUGCGCUCAUUGAUGCUAUCAAUCAAUUCAAGUUCAUGCCAUUCCUGAUCUUAUCCGGACAGUUAUGUCCACCGGGAAUCGAAGGAACUCUCUUCGCACUUUUUAUGUCGAUAAACAACUUUGGAUCUACAUUGGGGUCAUUCGUUGGUGCUGGGUUGGCAUCAAUUCUGAAUCUUUCUUCAGGAUCUUUUGACAAUCUCCUUUUCGGCAUCGCCAUUCAAAUCCUCUGCACUUUCUUUCCAAUUGCUUUUCUGUUUCUGAUACCGAAAGAUGCGACGGGGAUAUCAGCAUAGUUAGCAACUGAUUUCUUACAAUACAAAGCAAGAUAGCUCAGAAAUUACUACAACUAUGAACAGCUGGUUUUUUCUUCUUCAGCUGUUAAGAUUUGGAGAUGUAGACAAUACAAACACAAAGUACUAGCUAGCUGCACAGAAAUUAAAAAAAAGAAAUCCCUUCAGAAGAGAUUGACUCUGGUGAUAUUCCCAUGUUUUAUGGGUUGGUAGCAUACUUUUGAUGAAUUAUAAAGACUUCAGUGGCAAUCCUUUAUGUUGCUGAUAUAUUUUUGCUUAAACAGUGACAAACUACUCUGACGUAGUUACUCUAUCCUCCUAUUACAGGUGCUUUUGUUGUGUAAUGACUUGAGAUUCAUUGUAUUGAUUGUCAUAAUAUGAUUCUGGGAGGUGUA